AACAAUCCACCAAAAUAUGAGAAUUAAAGGAGGAAGAAAGAAAAAAAAAACCCCCAAGAAAAGUUCAACAGAAAUGUAAUUUCAUCUAUUUUUUGGGAGGAAUAUUUCAAAGAUGAAUGCAGGGGGUGCGGAUGGAGCCUCUGAACCAACUUCAACCGCUGCCAAGAAGCAUUCCAAGAGACCCAAAUAUUCUAGGUUUACACAACAAGAGCUUCCUGCUUGCAAACCAAUUUUGACUCCUGGAUGGGUCAUCACAGCAUUCAUAUUUGUCGGCAUCAUCUUUAUUCCUAUUGGCCUCGCUUCCUUGUUUGCAUCAGAAAGCGUGGUGGAAAUUGUAGACCGAUAUGACAAGGAUUGUGUUCCUUCAAAUUUUGGCGAUGAUGUGCUUGCAUAUAUUCAAAGCUCCAAAACUAACAAGACUUGCAUCAAAACUUUAACUGUUCCAAAGAAAAUGAAAAAGCCCAUUUAUAUAUAUUAUCAGCUUGACAAUUUCUACCAGAAUCAUCGCCGAUAUGUCAAAAGCAGAAGUGACAAGCAAUUGCGUAACAAGGCAUCCGAGUUUGAAACAAAAGAUUGUGCACCUGAAGCCACAACUAAAGUUUCAAACAAAGAUGUGCCAAUUGUUCCUUGUGGCCUCAUUGCUUGGAGUUUGUUCAAUGACACAUACGGGUUUUCAUUGAAUAAAAAGACACUGGAAGUCAAUAAAAAGGGCAUAGCAUGGAAAAGUGAUCGAGAGUACAAAUUUGGGUCCGACGUCUAUCCUAAAAAUUUUCAACAUGGUCUGAUUGGUGGUGCAAAACUUGACGAACACAUACCUUUAAGCGAGCAAGAGGAUCUUAUUGUUUGGAUGCGAACUGCAGCGUUACCGACAUUCCGAAAGCUAUAUGGAAAGAUAGAGGUGGAUCUUGAUGCUAAUGAGAAGAUAACAGUUGCAAUUCAGAACAACUACAACACCUACAGUUUUGGAGGGAAAAAGAACCUGGUCCUUUCGACCACAAGUUGGAUUGGUGGGAAGAAUGAUUUCCUAGGUGUAGCAUACCUUACAGUUGGCGGACUUUGCUUAUUUAUGGCAAUAAGCUUCAUUCUUUUGUAUGUUGUCAAACCAAGGCCUCUUGGAGAUCCGUCUUACUUAUCAUGGAACAGAAAUCCUGGGAAUUUGAACUAAGCUUUAUUCGGCAUACAUAUUUGCAUUUAUGAUGGUUAUUAAUGCACCACUAUGCCAUGCUGAGUUUUACUUUGACAUUUUCUUUGCCAUGGAAGAGUUUCUACCUGGUUGAGCUACUGACUUCAUGUUUGAAGACUUCCAAUAUGAGUGUAUAGAGAUCUGUUGUUAUUGAAUGUCUUUUAUUUUUCAAAAAAAAAAAAAAAUUGUUGGAAAUGGGCAUUGAUUGAUUAAGUGGUAGAUGGUAUUAUAUUUCUUCUUCUUUCUUCAAUUUUUUUUCCCCUAUAUUGUUAUAUGUGGAAAAUGAACAUCCAACCGAACAAACAGCUUCAGUUAUUAAUAACUAGUUUUUAUGCUUUUA